AUGGAUGUGGUGGGUGAUGUUGGACCACUUGUUGGCCAUGAUUUAUUUGAUGAAAACGUGUAUUAUAUGACGGAAAAUAGGGAAAAUAUAGUAAAAGGGCUUGAUAAAAAGCCGACAAUAUUGCAAAUCUAUAGUAAUUUGCUGCCAGAGGUGGCUCAAGACGAAUUAGUGGUGGAAGAUGGAUCGGAUUGGAUGAUUGAGGAUCCGAAUGUGGCACACGAGGAAACCGUUGAUGACGCUUUUCAAAGGAGUGCCGACUUGGAGUUGUUGGAGUUGGACGAAUUGAUAGAUGUUGGCGGUGAAGGUGAUGGAUAUGUGGGACUAUCGCUAAACCUCAACGAUUUACUUUCAAAGGCGAUCGAAUUUGAGGGAAACGAGCGAAUUGUCGUGUGUUUCUCGAAAAAGGGUCGUCCCCAGCUUGCCGCCGAGGGUUUCCUCUACAAUGCUAUUGGAUAUUACAACGAGAACUACGAGUGUCAGUGGCGUUGCGUGAAUCCGUCGUGUCCGGCCAAGCUCCGUUCAAGCCCCGGCUUCACCGAAUUGAGCUAUUUAUGCAGCACACAUUUGAGUUCUUGUAUUCCUGAUGAUCUCCAGCUUCGACUUCGCAUCGCCAUCUUUGACCUUCGACUCGUCGCUGAGUUCACCGAUCAUCCACUUGAAGAUAUUCACCGGAAUUUUUUGCUCGAUCUUUGGAACAAAUCCCCGGAGGUGGCGCAAAUUUUCCCGCCCUUUGAGACGUUGGCAAGAACGCUGCAACAACAUCGCACAGAAAAGAGCUAUCGUCGUCGCUUUGAGCUGCAGCACUCGAAAGCGCAACGAAUGACGAUAGACAGCAUGAGUCUGGGCAAAAAGACGAAGCCGCUUCCAUUGGCAACUUGCUUCCUUUGUGGCGACCAGAUGCGCUCGUCGGACAUUCCGUCGCAGGAUAUGUUGAUUGGACAUGUACAGAAUAUACACAGUAAGCCCGAGCUCUCGAUCGGCCAAUUCACGUUCGCGGAUGCGGCCUCUUUUGAACAAUGGAUCCGCGCCGUGCUUGCCUCUGCCGCUCAGACACCGGAUUGCCGUUUGAAGAAAUAUGGGGUUUUCGACGAAUGCAUGUACUACCUGUGCGCGAAUGAUAGUCGACAAAUGCUGAAAAAGAGACACGAGGCCGUCGAAGAGUUGCACAGCUCGUGCACGGCUUUUGUGAGGGUUCGAGACUUUAGGAAUGCUCGUGAGAAAUCUUCGCCAAUCAUCGUUGACUACAAUUUGGAUCACUGGAGUCACUCGGAAACAAUCUUGAACGAGCCGUUAAUCCCCGAGUACUUCAUGGAGCACUUGAAAGCGAAACGAAAAAGAACACAGGAUUUUUUACAGGACACCAAGUUACAGCGCGUUUCACGAGUCGCCGCUAUGGGAGCCACAUCGGCGGUGAUUAGCACAAGGUUGGUGAAUAGCGGCGAGAAAGUGAUUGCGGCGGCGGCUCGACGCCAGAAUAUGCCGAAUCCGAUCACCGCUUUCCAAUUCUCCAAUCAGGGACUUGAUCAUGAUGGCCGAGAUCAACCGAUGGUCCAAAUGAUGCCUGGCGAUGAUGUGGCUGAUAAGCUGUUGUACCCGGUGCCUGAGAAUAACGAACGAUUGACGGCGAUAAUCGCGAGAUUAGGCCCUCUUACUCAAUCAUCACUUGCCCCUGAGGCUCACAUGAUCACACAAAGGGGCAACUUCCGUGACAACCACGUCCUCUACAAUCACGUGCUCCAAAUUGAGCAACAGUGUCAAAAUCUCGUUCGACGGAUGCAGAACUGUCGCUCGGUACAAUCUGCCAAGAAACACCUUGGAAAAGUCUUGCAGCUUCUGGGAGAAGUAUCAGCCGAUCCAUCGGUGGCCAACGGAGAUGGCAGAAAAUUUCCGCAAACUGGUGACAAGAGAAGAGCCGAUUUUGAGGUGGACGAGGGUGGGGAGCCGUCGACAAAGAUUCCCAUCUUGACUCUUCCGAAUGACGACGCGAACCGACCGUUUCCCAUUCAAAAGGCAAAAGUUGUCAAGUCGUCGACGGCCCGGCUGGCCGGUUUUGAUCUCCCGUUGAAUGCCGAACCACAACCGCUCGCGUCGAUUGAUGAGAUGCAAGGAGGUGAAGGAGAAAGAAAGGGUGAGUACGUGAAGAAGUACAUCCGAAGAAACGAACAAGGACAAUUGGUGAUGGUGACGAGAAGGGUGACGACGAGAAGAGUUGCCUCAAAAGAGACAGACAAUAGUGAUCAACCCGGCACAAGUGCUCAGACGGCUCAAACCACACAA